AUGUUUUGCUGCUCCACUAGUACGCGCGAGGAGAAAAUCGACACGGCCCUCGCUGGCGCGAAGACGGCCCUGGGGGUCGUCCAGGGAGUGCUCAAGGUGGUCUUAACUCCGUACGUCGCUGAGGGCGUGAACGUUCUGAUCACAAUUGUGGAGAAAGUCGAGGCGCCGUUACGCCACGAGCUUAUAGCCAUUAUCUCGUCGACCAAGAAAGGGCUCAAAGAGCUGGCGAUCGAGCUGGGUACUCUCGCCAACAUAUUGAAGAAAGAGUAUGAGCAGAUUCAGAAGAGGACGGUAGACGUGAGCGGACGGGAACAGCUUCAGGAUCUAGGCGAAUCCGUGAAGGACAGGACGCUUCCUCAACUCCCUGUAGUCAGCGCACGCGAUGCACAGACGCUGAAGGACAUGCAAACAAAAGUGCUUCAUAUCAUCAGGUUUUUCCAGGCGAUGGACCAGCUUAUUGAGAGGAUGAGGCAGCAGAGACGUGACGACGUACUCGAGAAACUACCGCGCGCCGAUGCUGGAUAUCGUGCGUCAACCAACAACGCCAAAAGCAAGUUCCUUCCAGGCACUCGGCAAGAGCUGUUCAAGCAACUCUCCCAGUGGGUUCGUGGCGAAGGCGCGGACGUCGAGGGCCGGUUCAUCUGUCAUCUUUCUGGCGUUGCCGGCGCAGGAAAGUCUACCAUCGCGCGCGAGUUCGCCAAAUGCCAAGAUGAUGACCAUGGACUCGCGGCAUCAUUCUUCUUCGCUCGCGACAUCGCGGACUGCUCCUUUUCUUCCCGGCCCUCGCUUAUCAAGUCGCGCGAUCUCAAGGAGACAUCUGCUCCCUCAUCGUCGACGCCGCGCGGGAGCCGCGGCCAGAGUCAACAGAUGCAAUUCGAAGCGGACGCCCUUUUGACGAAGCCGUUGUCGCUGGUCGAUCCCUCGCAUCGUCGCAUCGUCUUCGUCGUCGACGCCCUCGACGAAUGCGUCGAACCCGUGGACCGCGAUCUCCCCAGUCUCUUGGUCGAGCUCUUCGUCGGCGGUGCGCGGCGAGCACGCUUCCCAGUGAAGAUUUUGUUCACGAGCCGUCCCUUGGAUGCCUUCGAAGCAGCUAUAUAUGCCAGUAUCGACUCUCUACAGGACAAGAUCUACUCGCUCGACCUCAGUAAACAGUCCCCUGCAUCCGUGCUUGAGGACGUCAAGCUGUUCCUUGGAGACCGGCUAGCGAAUAGCGUUCCAGGCUACGAUACGCUGAGGAACCGCGGCGACCUCGUCGAUCGUCUGGCGGAGCGCUCGGAAGGGCUGAUGGUCUACGCAGACACGGCCGUCAAGUUUCUUGCUGAAUACCCCGAGGACGUGGAAGACCGCGCAGAGUAUCUCCUCUCCAACCCCAAGCGAUGUGAGCUGCUCGGGCCUCUCAACGACCUUUACCUGAAGGUACUCGAGAUUGCGUUCCCAAGACACAGCAUGGAGAUCGAGGAGCCGCUGCGGGAUCGCGUGCAGACGAUGCUCGGGACCAUCGCGCUCCUGAAGGACCGCUUCUCGCCGAACGACCUCGAAAAGCUGCUGUCUACGCCCACAGAGACUUCCGUGUCCGUCCUGCGCCACCUUCGCUCUGUCGUCUUCUUCAACCUCAAUGACCUCGACGCGGCGUUCCGCCCCAUCCACAUCACCUUCUCCCAGUUCCUCGUCGACGUCCACCCGAAGUACGACAAGGGCCCGUACCUGGUGAAGACGGUGCGCGAGCACGGACACAUCGCCGUGGGGUGCCUCGACACCCUCGUGUCUUCCCUGCAUCAGAACCCGCUCCAUCUAGCGUCUGGGACGGCGCGGUCAGGCGUCGCGGAGGUGGAGAAGCGCGUGUCGGCCGAGGUCCCGAAACACGUGCGGUACGCGUGUCUGCACUGGGCGGGCCACCUCGCCCAGUCAGACCAGGACUCGAAGGACGUGUACGCAGCGCUGGAGAAGUUCGCGAAGUCGGCGGUGUUGCAGUGGGUGGAGACGAUGGCGCAGAUGGGCCGGAUGGACGCGGUGACGGUGUCGCUGAACAGGGCUGUCGCGUGGCAGAAAGUCGGUCCUGCACGGAUAGUGCUGAAGAGCGUGCAUGUGUGGCUUGGAAAGCACAGUGAGAUGGUGAAGGACGAUCCUGAAGCCAUCUAUCGGUGGGACGACCGGAGAGUAGAAGCCAGUGUCGUUCAAGAAACCGUACGAGAGACCCAGAGCCACUGCCUGGCCACAAUAAAUCAAGACAUGGACGCCGCUCUUCAACUUCAAGCUGUUCGGAGAGUGAAGACUGUUGUUGAAGAUACCGUGCAAGAGACGACAUCGGGCUCCUCGAUGGUGGGAUCGGCUACCUCUUCGACGACAAGUGCACGCGCAGGCUCUUCCGGCUCCGGCUCCGGUCCAGGGGCGGUCUCGGGCUCGACAGCCGCAACGACCUCGAGUUCGGGUGCACCAACCGAGUCAGGCGCAGGCGCCGCGACCUCAGGCGAGGAGCCUGUCCCCGAGCCGGAACCCGUUGUCGUAGAGUCGGAGACUCCUGAUCCCGAAGCCCCGAUCGGCGAAGGGGCUCCUGCUCCUGCUCCUGCCCCUAAGCCGGAGGCCAUGGUCGAGGCUGCUUCCGAGCCCGAGCUCAUUGUCAAAGCCACUCUCGAACCUGAGCCGUGCGUUCAGAUGGCGGCGGCGGCGGCGGAGCCGUCAGCCCUUGAGGCCGUUCCCGAUCCCAUUUUCGAGGUCGCCGUCCCGGAGCCGGAGAUCCUCGUCGAGGAAACUCCCGCCCCGGAGCCGGAACCCGUCGUCGAAGAGACCCCUGCGUCGGACCCCGCGGUCAUUGAAGCUGCUCCCGAGCAUAAUCUCGGGCCCGUUGUGGUAGAGGCUGCGUCAAACUUCGAGCCCGCGCCGCCACCGGCGAUAGAAGCCAUUCCAGAGACCGAAUCCGUUGACAUGAAGAUGUGUUGGAGACACUGCCACGCGCUCUUGCGGGAUAUGAGAGUCACCUCGCGGACCCACAAAGAAGGCUUCUCCCCGCGCCAAGACGUGGUCGCAGAACUGUCCCGAUGGGCCACCGUCCAAAAAGCAGACGUCUCCACGCAGACUAUAUGCGUCCUCACUGGUGCGCCUGGUGUCGGCAAGUCGACCAUCGCGGCGGAGUUCGCACAACGCCUCGGCCAUCGGCUCGGGGCCUCGUUUUUCUUUGCACGUGGCAUCGCUGACACAUCCUCCACUCGACUCUUCUUUCGCACUAUCGCCUACGAACUGGCGCACUCCCAAGGCGACCUCCAUGACGUCUUCGUUCAAGCCGUCCGAGACCACAUCCACGACGUUGACGACCUCCUUCCCCAAGAUACAGGGAAGAUUCUCUUCCGGGAUCCGCUUCUGUUGGCUGAGCCGCGAGAUGACGAUCCAGUCUUCCUCGUCAUCGACGGUCUGGACGAAUGUAUCGAUGCGCACAAGACCGGCCCUUCGAAGAUGAUCGAAUCACUUGUCUCCAGCGUUCGACUCCAAGCGCCAUCACUCAAGAUUUUCUUCACAUCUAGUCCUGGUGACGUUAUUGACACGACCGUAAUCGCCAACGUCAACCUCGUGGACACGAUUCAUAUCGUGGACCUCAACCAGCAACCUCUUGAGUCGGUGGAUCGCGAUCUCAAGCUUCUUCUUAGACAUCACCUUUCCAACGUCGUCUCCGAGCCUCUUCUCGACCGCUUGGCUAGGUGGGCGGACAGGAACUUCCUGUGUGCCGAUGUGGCAGCGCGCUUCCUGGUAGAAAACAUCACCGACGUCAACAGGCGUGCGGAGUACAUUCUCUCCACCUCAGAACCAAGUGGAGCGCUCGGCCCGCUUGACGACUUCUACCUCAAGAUCCUCGAGGCCGCCUACCCGCGGGACGUCCUCCACGCGGACACGCAGACGUGCGAAGACGUGCAGGCCGUGCUCGGCGGCCUUGCGCUCCUCCGCGACGCCCUCUCCCCCAACACCCUCCAAACCCUCCUCGGGCCGACGAUCAAGAAGCCAGCCUCCGUCCUCCUCCGCCUCAGCACCGUUGUCGAUUGCAACCCCAACGACCUCGACGCGCCCGCCCGCGCGUUACACGCCUCCUUCGCGCGUUUCCUCGUCGCCCGCCCCCCGCGGCACGACAAGGGCCCGUACCUCGUCGACACGCGCCGCGAGCACGCGCGCCUCGCAGUCGCUUGCCUCCGCGCUCUCCUCACCCUCGCGCGUGGCCCGGUCUCACCGCCGCACGUGCGGUACGCGUGCGUACACUGGGCGGCGCACCUCGCGCAGUCGGACCAGACGAGGGAGCUGUUCGGGCUCGUCGCGAGCUUCGUGCGGGGCGCAUUGCUUAGAUGGGUCGAAACCAUCGCGGAGAUGAGGAGGUUGGACGUCGUCGACGAAGCGCUAGAGAAGGCGUCGGCGUGGCAGGAGGGCGGGAAGACUCGCAGGUCGCUGGCUGAUGUGCGGAAGUGGGUGGGCGAGUAUCGGGACGUCGUCAAGGUGCGCCCGAGUGCUGUGUAUGAAUGCGGGAUCCCGUUGGUUAUUUGGACUCUGUUCUUCUUUGGUAACUAG